GGAAUACGCGGCGACACGUACAUGGGCGCCUUCACCACAACACACAAACGCACGACACCACAUGAAUGCAGCGCAGCGCAGCAAGGAUGCCGGUCCAUCCAACGCUGCACACAAACAGGUCUGUCUGUCUGCCCGUCCGUAUGAGUCGACGAAAGACAGCACGGCCUCACUCACUCACCAGCCCCUCGAUCGAUCGAUGCACAUGCACAUCGCAUCGCAUCACAUGCACAGUCCGUCCCCUCCCUCCCUCCCUCCCUCCCUCCCUCACGCCCAUCCAAGGCGUCUCUCGAUUCGCUGCAAGAGGUUCAGCCGCUCGCCCGUGGUGCUGUCUGUCCACAGCUUCACGGGGUUCGGUGCGAUGCCGCGGGCCGGAUUGCCCACCAAACGCUCGUUGCCCUUCGUCUGUACACACACACACAUAUACAUAUGUACACACACAUAUAUACGAGAGAGAGAGAGAGAGAGAGGGAGACAUUGGAUGUUCAAAAGGCCGGUGGCUCCCUCCUUCCAAUUUGCCUCGGCUGACCCACCUUGAUGAUGUGGGCUGCGUAGGCGAUAUGCUGUCGGAUGUCGAUAGCGAUAUCAUUCUUCAGGUGCAACUUGAGGCUAGGGAUGUCAUAGCUGUCCUGCAGGUGCGGCUCUUUGCCCACGCCUUUCGCCAGCACAUGAGCCGGGAGGCCGUGAGCCGCCUCGAGGUGCUCGAACAGGCGGGUAGCUUCCAGCGAGCGGACCGGCCGGAGGGCGUCGUUGACUAUCUUCACCAACUCACGGCCCAACUGGCUCCGACGCAUCCGAGCCGCCGCAGCCUUGUCCUCCUCUUUGUCCUUCCUCCCCUCACGGGCCCUCACUGCCUCCUCCUUGUUCCUGGAUGCCCGAAUCACCUGACAACCACCCAGACAGCCACAGAAGUAAGCACCAUGAAAGCGUGUUUCCUCCCUCCGUGCUUGUGCACCUUUUCGAUUCUUUUCCCCGCUGUCUCCAUGGCCGCCUCUGCCGGCGACAGACGCUUUCUCUUCCCCCCUGCAGCCGGCUGUUGGCUAUCACUCUCCCCCUCCGCUGGCAGCCUGCUGCCCACGCCGCCCUCCUCAAUCAACACUCGCAGACGAGUCAGCGGAAUGGCCGGAUGCAUAGCCGCAAUGGACAGCGGCGUCAGGAAGGCGUCUCCGUCCACGCUCACCGCCUCGUUGACGUGCACCUUGCCCCCAUGGCGGCAAAGCCAUUUGACGGUCGCAGUGCCGCUCGCAUGAUGGCCGCGGUGGGACGCUGCUGCGACGUGCAGGGGCCGCCAGCCCUCGGCAUCCUGAGUGCGGAUGAUGGCAGCUCCUCCCUUGGCGUGCAGCAGAUCGAGCAGCUGCUCCUGCCGCUUGGGGUCCCUCAGUGGCAGCUCACAGAAACGGUGGAGGGCCGUCUGGAGGUCGGAGUCGGUCUCGGUGGCCAGGGAGGGGUCGGCGGACAGCAGUGACAUAGCGAUGCGCACCUUGUCUUCGUCGGGGACGCUCUUGGCCUCAGCGAGGGCGUGGAGCAGACCUUGGCCGGCCAGCUGCGGUCGGCCCUUCAGCAGAGCAUCGACAGCCUCACACAUGCCCCUCUCCACAGCUGUUUUGAGGGCCAUCCCUCCACCCAUCCCCUCGCCGACGUCCAUCUCCAUGUCUCCGUGCGCAUCAUGGCUGGCGGCGCGGGCGACGGAUUUCUUGUUCUUCUUCCUCUUCCUCUUGCGAAGGGGCUCCUCGUCCUCGUCUCCCUCGAUGAGGGCUGCCUUGUGGAUGUCAGGCUCCUCCACCUCUGCCUUGGGAGCCCGACGCUGCUGGGCGGCGGCAUGACGGGCGGGCUUCUUGGCCUCUCUCGCCAACAUAUUGUUCUCUCCCUCAUCCAUCAUCUCGACAUCCUUGCCCUCUCCAUUGCCCAUCUGGACAUCUCCCAU